GAGGGAAGGAGAGACCACUUUCAGAUCAGAGCAGCUCCAGCCAGCAAACUGAAACUAUGGUGUCAAUGAAAGUAACAGUGAUGGUGGUGACACUGCUUACUCUUUGUGUCCUGGCGACAAACACACAUGCAGCACUUUAUACUAAUUGCUGUCGAAGAUACCAGCUUGGAAAACCUAGGUUUUCAGAUAUCAAGGGCUUCUCGGUGCAAAAAAAGACAGAAUUAUGUUCGAUCAAUGCCAUCAUUUUCCACACAAAGAAAGGCAAAAAAUGUGCUGACCCUGCUCUUGAAUGGGUGCUGGACUACGUCAGCCGAAUAGAAUAUGAGGCACAGAAAGUUCAUAAGAACUCACAAGGGAGGAAGAAAUAGAGCUUCCAUUGGAAUAACCUGUGGAAGAUGCCGAGACCAGCUACUGCAAACCUGUUUAUAAUCUUUGCUUCGCCUGCUAUCCACAAGCAGAAAAGGCUUUGCWGCUUUGUGAACACCAGCUUAAAAAAGCAAAGCUGAUAUUGUAAUGCUGUAAAAGCAAUGCACAUAGUGGCUCAGUUGUAAGAGCACUGUACAUAUU